UAUGCCUAUUAAAUAUGAAUAGUUAUUGAAUAAAAGAAGGUCUUAAUGUAAAAUACAUUCAUAAAGGGCCACAUAUAAGCAUUUGAUAAAAGAUCACUUAAAUAAGAAUUUUAGCACAAUUAAUAAGAAAAUAAUUAGUUUUGAAAAGAGUAAAAAAUGGAAGAUGAUAGAGAAUUAAAGGGGUAUAAUAAUUAUGAAAAGAUUAUAUAAUUUCAUAUAUAUGUUUUUCUAUUCUCCCAACAGGGUAGAAUAAUAAUAAUCAUAUUAUAUCAUAAAAUGA